UAACAGACAAAAACACCAAACAAAAAAAUUCGUCGAAACUUUUGAUUACCCAGUGUCCUCGGUUUCGAAAGUUCGACACUUCUCCCCUUUUCACUACGACCCAACGGAAACUGCGUGGUAAACGUUGAUUACGUCAUUGAUAGGUAUGAACUGCAACACCAGAUCAUAAAUAGAUACCUCCCUAGACCGAGAGUUCGAGUUUUAACAAUAUGGGUAUAUUUGGUAAAUCGCCCUCCGCCGAUCCUAAAGAACAAGUGAGUACCGUAUUACUUUGUUUAUGUACACGUUACUGUUUCCGAUUCGUCGUCGCAUGGCGAAAAUUUAAAUUUGUCUGACUUCUAGGUCAAACAGUGGACGUCAACCAUACGUAAAGAAUCGUAUAAAUUGGACCGACAAAUACGAGGUGAGCCGUUCAUGUUGUACUACCGUACAUACUUUAAAUUACAGUGGUUACAAUUAAUAAUAAUAAUAAUAAUACUGAUAUGGUCGUUAACAGUAGUGUAAUAAACAGUAUUGAAGGAAUAUUUGUGAUACUUUAGGAAUACAGCGAGAAGAAGAAAAAGUCAAACGAUCAAUGAAAGAAGCUGCCAAAAAGGGAAACAAGGAUGUCUGUAUUAUUCUAGCCAAAGAAAUACUAAGAUCUAGAAAGACUAUCAAUAAAUUGUAUACAUCCAAGACACAUAUGAAUUCUAUACAAAUGCAGAUGAAAAAUCAAUUAUGUAAGUUUUCCUACAAUGUAAAAAUGAACGUAUAAAAGUACAAAAAAAAAAAACUAUUAAAAUUUUUUAAUAAGUGAUUAUACAAUUUACAACAAUAUUAAAACAUGAUACCUACCUUUAUUUCUAAAUAUUAUAUUGAUUUUAAUGUAAAAAUGUCUAUGCUAAAAAACUGUUCUAAAAUAGGUCACUGUUGUAGGCGAGAUGUUGGGAAUAUAAACUAUAUUAUACAGUGUUAAUUGGCUUAUGAACUGUAGGUAUGCUACAAUAAAUUAAUUGAAAAAUUGAAAGUCUCAAAACAUCGUUAAUAAUUGCAUGUAUGUUGCAGAUAGGGUUAGAUAAAACUAUUCACCAAAAAUUCAAAAUAUUUAGAACUAAAAAAAUGAUCCACUAAUUAUUGUACUUGAGUUACAAAUUACUAUAUUGCACUUUAGAUAAUUAAUACAUAGUGUACAUAAUGUGUUUAAAAUUUGUCCAUCUUAUUCAUUAUGAAAACUACUUCUUUUAGCUAUUUUGAGAAUGGCUGGUUCUUUACAAAAAUCUACAGAAGUGAUGCAAACAAUGCACAAUUUGAUUAAAGUGCCCGAAGUUGCUGCCACAAUGAGAGAUUUAUCCAAGGAAAUGAUGAAGGUCAAGUACCUAUGUAAAAAUUGUUUUAAUUUACAUGAUAUAAUAUAUUGCUUUUAGGCGGGGAUCAUUGAAGAAAUGUUGGAUGACACAAUGGAAACCGUAAUGGACGAUCCUGAAGACAUGGAAGAAGAAGCACAAUCCGAAAUUGAUAAAGUACAUAUUAGUUUGAGAAAAACAGCUUAACCUAAAUAGUAUAAUAAUUUCAAUUGUUAAUAUUGUCAUAGGUGCUGUGGGAAAUCACAGCUGGAGCAUUAGGCCAAGCUCCGAUGGCAGUUACCGAAACUCCAGGCGGUUCAAUGGUACAAGAAACUGAAACUGUUGAAGAAGACGGGGACUUAGAAGAAAUGAAAAAUCGCUUGCAAGCAUUGAAAAGCUAAGUAAAGUUGAAACAAAGACCCAUACACAGGAUAAUAUAAUAUAUUAUUAUGAUGAACUUUAAGUUUUUAACAAAACAUAAUAUCUAUCAAUAAUACUGUGGAUUAAAAAUAUUAUUUUUUGAAACCGCUAAACUAUUAAUUUUAUUCAUAAAUUAGAAGCACUAAUGUUUUUAAUUUUAAGCGCUUGCAAUUUUUUAAUUAAGUAAUUAAAUAUAUUUUUGAAUUUUAUAGUGUAAAAGUUGAAUAUUAAUAUAAUUUAGGAAUUAGUGUUUUGUACCAAAUAUAUUUAAACAAAUGUUUGGUUGGUUAGAUUAAAUUAUUAUAAGACUCCUUAAAACUUUAAAAACCUUUACACUGAUACAUUUCCUAACCUUUACAUUAAUAUUUAUACUAUUUUUGGAAUUUAAAACUUAAUUGAAAAUUAGCAUAUUGUCAAAUGUGUUGGGAAAUUUAUUUAUGAGCAUUAAAUUUGGAAACACAACAACUUGCUAACAUUAUAUUUGAUCUCUUGUUUUAAAAUGGUAAAAAAUAUCUAUAUUAUUAUACACAUAAAUAUAUGUAUUGUUAUUUAAUAAAUCACAAAUCUUGAAUCAAUAAUAAAAAAAAAAAAGUUGAAAAUUGUUUGUUUAUAUUUAUUGUUAUUGUAUAUGACCUGAAUUGAUAAUCUUCACACUAUUGUCUUAAAAUUAAUUUUAGUUAUACUCGAGUCACGAGAGAAUUUUUUUUCAAACCAAUUGUAUGUAUUAAUAUACUACCAGAGGUUCGCAAUUUUUUUUAAUCUAUUAUACGUGUAUAUUAUGAAUCUGUAUUAUGUAUCACUUAUGACUAGAACUUAAAAAUGUCAAUACAUUUAUUUAAAAACAUUUUAAGACAGUAAAAUGAUAUAUAAUUAUUUUUUAAUUAUUUUAUAAAACUAUAGUUAGCCCCCCUUAAAUGCAUUGGUACAAAUAUCUAUUUAUUAUUAAUUCUCUAUUCUACCACCAUGUGACUUUACAUACUACCAUGUAGUCUAUCAUGUAUCGCAGUUUGAAGAAUGUUGUUAUAAAUUAUAGUUUAUCUCAAGAAUGUUGUUUUUAAUGCAUUUUUCUACAAAUAUUUUAUUACUACAACAGAGUACAAAAAGUUAUAACCAUUUAUAUUGCACUUGCAAUAUUUUAAAUAUUUCAUUUUUUAAAAAAAUGUACAUUUACAAAUUUAAAUAGUUAAUAAAUCAAUUGUUUUUUUGAGGUGUAGCGAUAAUGACAGUUUUUAUUUCAGUAUAAGGUUGUAGACCAUAUUCACCCAUUUCUCGCCCGUAGCCAGACAUUUUGUAACCUCCAAAUGGUACUUGUACACCAAAGACAUUGUAACAGUUCGCCCUAUUUACAAAACAAUAAUUAUUAAGAUACGAUUGUUUAAAUUAAUAUACAUUAACUACCAAACAGUGCCAGCCCUAAAACUCUGAAUUGCUCUAUUAACUGUAUCUAUGUUGUUUGAAAAUACUGCUGCUGCCAAACCAUAAUCUGUAUUAUUUGCUCGGCUAAUUACUUCGUCAAAGUCAUUGAAUUUCAAUAUUUGUUGUACAGGGCCAAAUAUCUAUAAGUUACAGCUAAAAAUUACAAAAUAUAAUUACAUUAUAUUAUUUAAUUCAAUAGUUACUUCUUCUUUUGCUAUUUUCAUAUCAUCUUUAACAUCAGCAAAUACAGUCGGUUGUAUGAAAUAUCCCUUGUUACCAAUUCGAGAGCCACCAGUUACAAGUAAAGCGCCUUGUUUUGUCCCACUGUCAAUCAUGCUGAGAAUUUUAUUCAUUUGUUCUUCAGUGAUCUAAUUAAAACACAACCAAAGUCAUAAAUAAGAAAAAAAUAAAAUUGUAUAUUGAUAAAAUUUUAACCUGAGGUCCUUGUUGUGUUUUUGGAUCAAACUGAUCUCCAACGAUGCGUUUUUCCGCUCGUUUAGCACUUUUCUCAACAAACUCGUCAUAAAUCGAAUCUUGAACAAAAGUUCGAGAACCGGCACAACAAACUUGUCCCUA